AUGCCUCACCAGACAGUAUCGCAAUUACAUAGUAGCAGAUUAGCAGUCCAUUUCAAGAUCAUUGUUCAAGUUGAUGUGUUUUGUUUGAUGAAAUUAGGUCAUCUUGACGUUGCAGAUAUAGAAAACUUACUGCUGAAAGGCAUAUCGUGUCCUCUAUGUCCAGCAAGAUUUCCCGAUUUUGAAAAACUUCGUGAUCACGUUUCCCAGCAUCGUGCUCGUGCAAACGACGUGCCCCCCAUGGGCUUCGUUUGCCCCAAAUGCUGUAGGCGUUACACCCACCGAUACACCUUGAAGAGGCACAUGAUGUACGAAUGCGGCAAAGAGCCCCAAUUCAAGUGCCCCUGGUGUCCGCACAAAAGUCACCAGAAAAUUAAUAUUAAGAUACAUUUGGAGUUCCUGAACUCCACUCACAGUUCUGUCCUAAGUCGUUACUACCCAUUAUUAGGUUGGCAACUAAAACUUCGUCAUCAUACGAAUUACCUUUAUCCUAAGAAAAACUCACGAAGGUAUUAUGAAUGUCCUAAAUGCAAUCGACUUUAUAAAAGGGCAGGAGCAAUGAAAAAUCACAGCAUAAAUCAUUGCGGCGUUGAGCCUAAACAUCUUUGCCAAUAUUGUGAUUAUAAGACUCACAUUCCUGGAAAUUUAAGAAAACACAUAAUGUAUAUUUGGCCUGAUUACUAUGAAGAUUUCCUCUUCAGUGACAAUCAAGUGGAAUGUGAUCCUACAAGUAUUGUGAAUAUAGAAUCUUCGGAUUCAGAAACCGAUUGCUUGAUCAUAGACAUGGGCGACGAGGAGAAGAAAGACCUUCGAGGAUUUAAUAUUGGAGAAACAAAAAGCAGAUCGGGAGUAGAGUAUAUUGAAGUUUUUAACCCAAAUGGGAAGUUAAGAGGUUACAGAUAUGGUGGUUUCGAUCACAACUCCGAAGAAAAAGAAGAAGAGCUUCAGGAAAACACUCGUAAACAAGUGGAAAUCUUGCAACAUCUAAUAUUAAACUGCGAUGACAAUACAUCUCAGGUUGUCAAAGAAGUCAACAGCGCCAAAAAUCAAGUUUAUACCAAUAUGAAGAAAAUCAGCGGCAACCCGCGUCAAUUGUCUUUCUGCGGCAACGAGAUCAUCGAAGUGGCCAAGCUGAGGUCGGAACUUUCGGGCCACCAACCCGCACCUUGUUAUACCACUAUCACCUUCACAACCAACCUCUCGUCACCAUUGGUAGCUGAAACAUUUGAACAGCUUAAAGAUAAAGCUUACAGAUGUAAAAAAUGCAAGGAAACCUUUACAUUUGAAAUGAAUUAUCUGUUACAUCGCGAAGUUUGUGAUCCGGAAAAGAUUUUUAUUUGCCCUCAGUGCAAAAGAGAGUAUGCUUCAGCUCAAAGUUUCUAUAAUCAUCGAAGAUAUGAAUGUGGAAAACCUUUUGAUCAUAAAUGUCUAUAUUGUCCAUAUAUGACCAGAUUGAAAGGAAACUUGAAAGAUCCAUAUAGCUAUUUACCGUCUAGAGUUGCAAUAUCUAUUCCCAAUCCGACGACUUUAUUCAAAAAAAUUUCAGUUCGUAAUACAAGGACAAAGAAGUACCAGUCGCUGAAUGGUAAGAGCUCUUGUUUUUCAACCAAAGGUUCCAGGUUCGAUAUCCACUUCAGACAACAUGAUAUCAAUCGUGAUAUCUCUAAAAGUAAAGAUGGAAAAUUCUACGCGUCCAAAAAAUCUUUUUCUUCCAUUGGCAAAGCUCAGGACCAAAUACCAGAAAUGGAAAGUUUUUACUCUUGUCCUCUCUGUGGGAAAAGUUACACAUAUUGCACUAGCAGAGAUACACACUAUGAAAAAUGUAAACUUAUGUAUAAUAGCAAAUCUAUGGACAAUAAACGACUUUACAAAUGCCCGAAAUGUGGAAAGCCUUACAAAAAUUCUGGAAGUAUAGCAAAUCAUCUGCGAUUGGAAUGCGGAAAGGAGCCUCAAUUUCGUUGCACAUUAUGCGAUUAUACAUCCUAUCAGAAAUUUCAUUAUCAAAGACAUUAUUCAUCUAAACAUAAUUUGGACAUUACUGAGUCUUCAUCUAAGUCAAAUUUACAAGGGAUACUGCCAGUUACCUAUAGUGAUCAGUCUGAUCCAAAUAACCAGUUUUUUGGUCACUAUUCAGAUGAGACAUAUAACUAUGGAUCAGGAUUUGGUGCUGAAUCUGAUUUUUGGAACCAUCAACAACAUCAAAGAUCUGAAUUAAAAAAGCUUCAUACUUGUUCUCGUUGUCUGGGAAAAUUUUCUUCGUCCAGAAGUUUUUGGAACCAUCAACGAUAUCAGUGUGGAAAACCAGCAUCGAAUAAAUGUGAAAAAUGCGACUAUAGAACUAUUUUGAAAUACAAUUUGAAAAGACACAUGUUGACUAAGCAUAGUUAA